AUGAAGUACUUGGGUCUAAAAUUAGUUCAGAAGACCAAUGAAGCUAUGGACAAGAUCAAAGCUCGGAUGCUUGCUUUGCAAAGCACUCAGAAAAGGUAUGCUAAUCCGAAGCAUAAAGAUACUACAUUUCAGGUAGGGGAACAUGUUUUCCUACGAGUUUCUUUAAUGAAGGGUAUUACACGCUUCAGGAAGAGGGGUAAGUUAAGCUCUAAGUUCAUUGGGCCAUUUCAGAUACUCGAGAAGGUCAAGCACAUAGUGUAUCGGCUAGCCUUACCACCAUCAUUAUCGGCUAUCCAUAAUGUAUUUGAUAUUUCAAUGUUGAGAAAAUAUGUUUCUGACCUGACUCAUAUCUUGAGUUACGAAGCCCUUGAACUACAGUCAAACUUAUCCUACAAAGAAUAG